CGCUCCGUAGGAGGAUCGACCAGCGGAGAGCUCCCGCGCAGCCCUGAGGUACGCUGUAGAACAUUCACCCUUAUUUCAGGGAAAUUGGAUCGUCGUGUCUUCGCUGGGGAUUUUACAUACGUCAAAAUCCUGGAGAACAGGUGAAUUAGCCAGGUGAUUUGCCGUCAAGUGAAGGUGAUGCAGGGAUACCGAGUAUGGGGGUAAAGGGACUGACUGUGGUGCUCGCUCUGGCUUGGCUUGGCAAACAUGACCGUCGACGUAUAUAUAGCUGACUAUGUAGUUCUGUUUGGAGUUCACUUUAACCAGAGUGCGUUUCCUCUGACAGGUGCUAAGCAUCUAGCCAAACAGCGCUGCACUAUCCGACACGAUGAGGCUCGACGGUCGUCUCGUCGCCGUGCUGGUGGCGACAGCUUGGGAGCUGGCUGUUCCCGCCCAGGCACAGUUCACCUUCGCCAACAAUAACACCAAUCAUCUAGCGUUCUUCCCAGGUCUACUCCAUCCCGAGACAACAUCAUCCAGAGCCUAUUGUCCUGCAUCAUGUGCCGCCGCCGGCCCAACCAGUUUCUCCUGGUCUCGAAUCCUCUCAAUAGAGGAAUUGGAAAGAUGUGAACACACAGUCAUCUUCGAAGCCAUGCUGCGUUUCCCUUUGGAAUUGCCCGGCCGGCAGACAGUCCUCAGGGCAUGCACUUCAAGCAUCAUGGAUCCCGAGGGGGUCUCUGGCACCUACGGCCCACUGGCACUGUCCAACGCCGAUGUGGUCAACACGACGGCCCAAGUUCAAACCGGCUGGGCUGGUCGCCCAGCGUCUCAGCUGGCUGUUUCCCAGAUUGUCGAAUCUGCACUCAAGCUCCAGCAUCAGGUCGCACUGAACCCCAACAACCGCCUGACAGCCGUCUUUGCCAAGUCCGGCAAGACCAUUGUUGGACUCUACGCUGGCGGCCAAGUUCACAGAUCCUCAGUUGCCUCCCUCAUGAACGAUUUUAUCCAGCGUGUUGCCGAGGUGGACAUGCCUUCGCGCCUGACUAUGCAAGUCUGCGGCCCGACCGGCAAUAGCUCGGCCGCACUUGUCUUUGGAAUGGUAGCAGAUGCCGACGGAGACCUGCAGAGUGUCCACAAAGCACUCAGUGGCUGGGCUGAGGGCGAGUGUGCAGAUGGCUUCGAUGGCAGCAGUACCGCCCAGAACCAGACGAUGGCGCUCAUCUCUGCUGUGCCACUUGUACAAGAUUCGACUACAGAUCCGCUCUCAAAUCAGACACUGACGAACAGUACAUCGUUGCUGAGUCGCCACCGGCGGUAUGCCGACGUCAAGCAACCUCACCAGCCUCUGCAUCGGACGAGGCGCCGCGCGGGUUCCUGUCGCGUAGCCAAGGUCAACUUCGGUGACAGUUGCUGGUCCAUUGCCGAAGAGAAGUGCGGCAUCUCCUUGGAUAACCUGUACACUUUCAAUGGGAUCGACGAUGCAUACUGUGGCAAUAUGGCGACUGGGGACGAACUGUGUUGCUCUGCUGGAGAGGCCCAGUUCUCUGUAAUGGCUGCUGACGACGAAUGCGAAUACACCAUGGUCGAAGAGGUUGAUAGUUGUCCAGCUAUUGCCAAGCGCUGCAACAUCCCUUUGAAAACGCUCGUAGAAUACAACGGCGGCGACGAAACAGCUUUCUGCAACUUUUUGAUGCCCAAGACGGCCGUGUGCUGUUCUAAGGGCGAAAAGCCAGACUUAAAACCCCAACCACAGAAGAACGGAGAUUGUGCUGUGCACGAAGUCCAGAAAGACGACGGAUGCUGGGCCAUCGCCGACCAAUAUUACCUUACCCAGAAAGAGAUCCAAGAGCUCAAUGUCGGCAAGACUUGGGGCUGGGCUGGUUGCGGGCAGCUUUUAGCUGACCAGAAAAUCUGCAUCAGCAAAGGGACUCCCCCAAUGCCAGUCCAAGUUCAAAACGUCACAUGCGGCCCACAGGUUAUAGGCACGGUGAGACCUGCGGACGGUACAAACAUCACGGAUCUCAACCCGUGCCCCUUGAACGUCUGCUGCUCAGGAUGGGGAUAUUGCGGUUUGACCGAGGAGUUUUGCGUCGACACAAGUAUAGACAACACUCCUGGUACGCAUGAACCGGGCACGAACGGUUGUAUCUCCAAUUGCGGCAAGAUUGAAAUCAUCAACAACGACACUCCCCCGAAGAACUUUAUUCGUGUGGGGUAUUUCGAGGCCUGGAAUGGCAACCGUCCUUGCCUCAACAUGGAUGUCACAGAAGUCAAAGACCCCAUUACGCACAUUCACUUCGCAUUUGGUCAUAUUAGCGAGGAUUUUGUUCCUAGUACCGCCUCCGACGUUACCGAGCAGUGGUCAAAGUUCCUGGGAAUGACAGGUCCGAAAAAGAUUAUGUCAUUUGGAGGAUGGGCAUUCUCUAACGAGCAGGGCACAUCGCAUAUCAUGCGCCAGGGCGUCACGCCUGGCAACAGACAAAAGUUCGCUGAUAAUAUCGUCAAGUUUGUUGUUGAUAAUAACCUCGAUGGCGUUGAUUUCGACUGGGAGUACCCUGGGGCUGAUGAUAUUGAAGGGUCUGAUCCUGGUAUGAAAGAGGAUGGUGUGAACUAUCUGAAAUUCUUGACACUGGUCCGUAAUGGUCUACCUGCGGAGAAGUCUUUGGCUAUUGCGGCUCCGGCAUCUUACUGGUACCUACGCCACUUUCCGAUCGAAAAUAUGGCCAAGAUUCUCAGUUAUAUCGUCUUCAUGACGUAUGAUUUGCACGGUCAAUGGGAUUAUAGCAGUAAAUGGGCGAGUACGGGUUGCGCGAAUGGCGAUUGUUUGCGCUCACAUGUCAAUGUCACCGAGACGAUCAACUCUCUUGCCAUGAUUACCAGAGCCGGAGUGCCCUCCAACAAAGUCAUCGUGGGUAUUACGAGCUACGGGCGUAGCUUCAAGAUGGCCGACGCCAACUGCUGGGGGCCAUCGUGCCUGUAUCUCGGCCCGCGAAACAACUCGCCGGCUCAACCCGGAAAGUGUACCGACACGGGGGGUUAUAUCGCCAACGGCGAAAUCGAGGAGAUCAUCAAGAGCAAGGCUGCGCCAUUUCAGCAAAUCUACGACGAAGAGUCUGACUCUGACAUCCUCAUCUACAACAAUGUCGAGUAUGUUGGCUACAUGAGCCAGGAGACCAAGGAUCGUCGUGUCAAACUGUACAAGGGGCUCAAUUUUGGCGGCGCAACGGACUGGGCUGUUGAUCUCAUGGGCGAUACCUCACCGGGGUCUGACGAGGACGUGGUGUACAUCGGCACGCCAGUCUACACGUAUCCAUCAAUGGGGUGCACCGCGCCUUGUACUAUUGUCCUCCCCCCAAGCACCUUGGCCUCACCUUCUGUCAUCUCGAUUUCUCCGUACACGACAUCGCUGCAGGUUGGCACGACCACAACGACAAUCACGAUCAAGGUGCCGGCCAAGACAAUCGACGAAGUCCCCUUCUAUAACGUUCCGAUUCCCUCGGACGUCGGAACUCAGACGGUCGUUCAGCCGUACCCUUCCAUCACACUUUCUCCUACGAGCGUACCUGUGACGUGGGUUAGCGAGGGCACAACCAAGACAACCACGAGGACCAUCUUCCUUCCGCCAUGGCCUCAAGUUACGCAAGGACCUCCUUCAUCCUGGAGCGAUACCGUCUCACCUUCCAACAUUCCCACAACGACAGAUGACUCAAUUCCCGACCCGCCAGAGCCCACCGUCCCAUUCCCGACGUGGACCGAUUGGUACAAGAUUCCACACAAGAUCCAACCCGUGACAGAACCGCCCCAAGAUGACGAUGACGACGACGAUGAUGACGAUGAUGUAGUGAUUAUCCCGUGCGCUUUGUGGUUCUUCUCUACCUGUAUCAAGAUUGGCAAAUUCGAAAUCAAGGGAUGGAAAUUGAGAAUCCCCGAGGGCAUCAUCGGACCUGGACCGCCUCCUCCUGGGCUUAUUCCCUGGCCGAGCGGAUGGCAAUGGAAAGGGCCGGGCUUGCCACCUUGGCCUAAGAUUACAAUUGGGCCAGGCUCCAAACCCACGGGCAUUCCCGAGAAGCCUGGGCAAUGUGAGACGAAAUCAGCAUCUGUGUGCAUGACAACUACUUCUUAUGAGUUGGAGGAUAAGGGAACGACCACCGUCACCGUCACUUCGCGGGUGGUUGAGACUUGCGCGACGAUCUUCGGCUGCGCGGUCGAGGGCUACGACGAGGCGACGGCGACAGAUGACAUUUCCUGCGCUCUUCCGAAAAGAACCGUGGCCGCAGCACUGGCCUAUGAUGCCACCCCUACCCUUGGGCCUGGCGCCGCGCAGCCGUCCGUGACUAGCAGCAUCGAGCUCCCCCAUGCAUCCUUGGACACUCGUUCAUCAGCGCUUGUACACCUGGGCCGGCGAGCCGGCGAGGACGACGAGGCCUCCUGGGACGACGAUAUCAGUCUCGCAACCCAGUGGUUCUGCGCCAGGAAUGAUGUCAUUAUCUUCACCAAGCAAGUGUGGGACUCUGACGAUGACAAUUCUGCAUUAGCCAAGCGCCUAACGAGGUUGAAAGACGGACAGGCGACAACAGUAGUCACGCGGAUCCAGUCUAGCAUGAUGGGCUUCACGGCAUUUUGGCAUGUUUCGAGCCUGCCCGUGGCCUUGCAUGCCAAGCUUCUCAAGAUGAAGGCGGUCGAGGUGAUUUACGAUCCCUCAAACUUCAGGAAAAAGGCCUGGUACCCUGCAACUGGCAUGGAGCCCAUAGCGGCGCGCAGCGUAGAUGUUGAUGUUGAUGACGACGACCCGGACAACACUGGCGAAAAGGAGAACUCCGGCAACAUUAUUUCAAAGAGGGCGGUAACUCAGUACACGGACUGGGCCAACUCUCAGAUCUCUGUGCCCCCUUACGUGGACGACUGGGCCACCAACACCGACUUCAGCAUCAACCCGGGUGCGGGCCAGGACACCUCGAUGCACAAGUUUCAUUUCCACGAGUCGGCGGGUGAACAGCAGUACAUCUACAUUGUCGAGUCUUGCGUUGAUGCGACACAUCCCGAGUUCAUUGGCAUCCGGGUAGCCGGUGCUCUCCGCACACAGAACUGGGGUAGUGAAUACAGCGAUGACUGUACGCACGGGACUGCCGUCUCAGCCAUGGCGGUCGGCACCAACCUAGGUGUCGCACGCAAGUCGAUCCUGGUGCCAGUGCAUACAGGAUCUCGUCUGGUCAGCGGCUCAGAACCGGCCGAGCGUUACCUCGAGGCGCUGGUACUGGUCCUCGACGAUAUAAUGAGCACCAGCGUUCCCAAGGAAGGCAAGGCGGUCGUCAGCAUGUCAUGGAGCAUCGGUGCCGGAGCGGUGCCCAAGGCCUUUGGACGCGUCAUGCAGGCGGUCCUCGAGGAGAUUGCAGACAACGGCGUCGUGCUCGUCGCGGCAUCAGGCAACAACCGCCCCAAGGGAGGCACGGCAGAUUCGGGCUUCCCCCAGCGCGUCAUGAGCCAGGGUCGACUGGCCGAGUCGUCUCUCGUCGUCGGAGCAACAGACGGGGCCGCGCGGCUGGCACCCUUCAGCGAGCGCUUCAGCGACAACCAGCUGAACCGCAUCAUCCACGCCCCGGGCCAGAAGCUCAAGACGGCCGUCAUGGGCGCCACGCACAAAUGGGACUCGGGCACGUCGUACGCGGCGCCAAAGGUGGCCGGGCUCGUGGCCUACUACCGCGCGCUCCCAUCGCGGUGGAAGGACCAGCUGACAGUCGCCAGCAGCGUCAAGCGUCUUGUCCAGCUGUUCGAGAGAAAUCUCAGGAUCAAUGACGGCCCGUGGAAGGACGUGAACCCGGAUGCUCGCACCGUCAAGUUCAUCUGGAACGGCCAGGUGCUCGAUCAGUCAUGCCUUAUCAACGGUCAAGAUCUUCGGUACAACAAAAAGCUGGUGUGUCCAGUCAUCCCGGAUGACCUCGGCACUUGUCCCCUGAUCAACCGCCGGGCUAGCGGUGGCGAUGGGGGUAGCCAGUUCGAUCGCCGUGCCUGCGAGCCUCCCCCGGGCGGCCCUGGAAACGGCGACAAUGGAGAUGGCGGCGGCGGCGGCGAGAUUGGCGGUAUUCCGGUGCCCCCGCCCAUCACAUGGCAGCCUGGCCCGGCGCAGCCCACGUGCGAGCACAACUGCGGCGUCCGCUGCGAGGGCUACUACUGCAUCCCGACACCCACUGGCUCGCCUCCAGACUUUACCGAGCCGAGCCCUCCGCCGCCUGAAGAAACUGAAGAACCUGAGGAGCCUGAGGAGCCUGAGGAGCCUGAGGAGCCUGAGGAGCCUGAGGAGCCCCCCUUCCCCACGAGCCCACCAACAUUCUACCUCGCCGAUGUGACCUGGGCCUCCGAGCUCUCGGUUGGCUGGUUUGCACAGGGUAUCAAGCUGUCUGACUGGGGCGAUUGCGAUGGGAUGGACAAACCUGCUGACAAGCUCGAUGGCGCCAAGGGAGACUGGCCUGGGUACCCGUGGCCCGAGGAGGAGUUCACCGGCGAGCUUUGCGAGCAGAAGAUGCGGUAUAGGCGCAAGGACUCUGGUGACUAUGACGUGUUUGACGAAGAUUCCGACAAGCAGAUUGGCGUCUGCACAGAAGCCCCAGAGGCAACGAAGGUCUGUGGUAUCUGGAUUCAAGACACAUUCAAUCGGGCGUACCAAUGCACAGGUGCUUGCUGAGCGGUGCCGAGGUGAUGGUGGGAGAGUACCCAGGGACAUGUGUAAAGUGGUGCAAAAGGACAUCCAAAACAAUUUGGGAAGCAUAUGUCUGUUCAAAUGUAAUGAAAAACUAGGGGGUUUGUUUUCUCCUGGCGUUCUCAUACAAAAUCCAAGACGGGAAAUUUGAGUAAAAACAUUAGAGUAAUAUGUGUGCUAGGUAAUAAGACAUUAAUUUCGGG